AUGUUGGGCGACGAAGAUUUCUACCUCUUUAAGAAUAUUUCUCAUAUUGGUCCCUGGGAUGGCCCUCAAUAUCAUAUUGCACCAAAAUGGGCAUUCCACCUACAGGCCAUUUUUAUGGGUGUGGUGUUCAUCUUUGGGACACCCUUAAACGCUGUUGUUCUGGUGGUAACAGUAAAAUACAAGAAACUGCGGCAACCUCUCAACUACAUUCUAGUGAACAUUUCGGUGGCCGGGCUCCUCAUCUGUAUCUUUUCGAUUUUUACUGUUUUUGUUUCCAGCUGUAAUGGCUAUUUUGUCUUUGGAAAGAUUGCCUGUGCUAUUGAGGGGUUCGUCGGCACACUCUCAGGUUUAGUCACCGGCUGGUCCCUGGCAUUUCUGGCCUUCGAAAGGUACAUUGUUAUCUGUAAGCCGAUGGGAAACUUCUGUUUCAGCUCGAAGCACGCGCUGGCGGUAGUGCUGUGCACCUGGCUCAUCGGGAUUGCGGUGUCUGUGCCCCCGUUCUUAGGCUGGAGCAGGUAUAUUCCAGAAGGUUUGCAAUGUUCAUGUGGUCCAGACUGGUACACUGUUGGCACGAAGUAUCGCAGUGAAUAUUACACCUGGUUUAUAUUCAUCUUCUGUUUUGUUAUUCCCCUGACCCUCAUCUGUUUCUCCUAUGCACAACUACUGGGAGCACUGCGAGCGGUUGCUGCACAACAGCAGGAAUCUGUGAGCACACAGAAGGCCGAAAAAGAGGUGUCUCGCAUGGUGAUAGUGAUGAUUGGAUCCUUCUGUCUGUGUUAUGUUCCUUAUGCAGCUAUGGCCAUGUACAUGGUGACCAAUCGGAAUCAUGAAAUGGACUUGCGUCUUGUAACCCUCCCUGCUUUUUUCUCCAAGAGUGCUUGUGUUUACAACCCCAUCAUAUAUUCCUUCAUGAACAAACAGUUUCGGGGAUGCAUCAUGGAGACAGUGUGUGGGAGGCCUAUGACUGAUGAUUCUUCAGUUUCCUCUGCAAGCCAAAAAACUGAGGUGUCUACAGUAUCCCACAGCCAGGUCAGCCCAUCUGGAAGCUAAUAUCCAAUACAUUUCCUAGAUACCCAGUAUUAAAAGUAGAGGACUACACAUUUCUCAUCGAAAACCGAUCAACCUUCAAGUUGUUCUACAGUUAAAGUUGCUGUCACAUGCAUCUUACUAAAAGUUUUGUUUUAUACUGCCCAAUGUAUCUACCUCACUGGGCUUUAUUAUUGCAUAAUUAUUAAAUUUCUUCAACUGUACAUUAACAUACAAAUGACAUAGUAUUAUAUAAAAUUGCAGUUUCAUUAUGUAGCUACAAUAAAUUGUUUGGCUGUCACUUUACAUUCACACAAUGGGGGAGAUUUAUCAAAACCUGUGCAAAGGAAAAGUUGCCCAGUUGCCCAUAGCAACCAAUCAGAUCCCUUCUUUCAUUUUACAGAGGCCUUGUGAAAAAUGAAAGAAGCGCUCUGAUUGGUUGCUAUUGGCAACUUUUCCUCUGAACAGGUUUUUAUAAAAUUCCCCCCCCCCCCCCCAAAUGUAUCUAUAUAUAUAUGGCAUAUCACCAGGAUAUUUUAUGUUUUGACUGUUGGGCUUGUCUUAUGGGACCACAAUGUUCCUGAAAAUAACAGAAUGGAAAGGUUCUGCAUCCCCUACACCGGUGGUCUUCAACCUGCGGACCUCCAGAUAUUGCAAAACUACAACUCCCAGCAUGCCCGGACAGCCGUUGGCUGUCCAGGCAUGUUGGGAGUUGUAGUUUUGCAACAUCUGGAGGUCCGCAGGUUGAAGACCACUGCUUCUGUCUGUACAGGUAACUGCAGCACAGCCCUAUUCAAGUGAUCAACCAAUACAACGUGUAAGGAAGCAGCCUUAAAGUCUAUUCACACAGCAGAAUUUCCGCUUCCUGAAUUCCGCCUCACAUUAAAGCCCAUGGACUUCUAUGGGAUUUUG